AUGCAGGUGUCCCACAACUACGAGCAGGGCCAGCAACUCCUCCAGAGUCGGGAGUUCAGCACGAGGGGUCCCUUCUUCCAGACGGUGCUGGAGAUUGGGCGCCGAUACAAGAUCUUAAACCCGGAGCGCAUGCGCGACUCCUACGGGAAGCUGAUGUACUUCCUCCAGGACUCCAGGAAGCCGGAGGUCCGGGACCUGCUGGAGUUCGACAUCGUGUCGCCGGUGCGAUCCGUCUGGGACGUGCUGAAGCGCUCGCCCAAGGGCGUUGAGCUCUUGGAGGACCCCCAACUGAAGAUCGCGACGAUGGAGAUCAUGAGCGAGGCCGCGUUCAGAUCCAGCGCGAGAUCAAGGCGAAGGAGUCCGCCAUCAAGAGCCUCUCCGCCAAGUACUGCUCCGUGGCACGGAGGCGGAAGCGGCACUACGGCGGCAUCUAUUCCACCUGGAACUUGCUCCGCUCCUACCGGGAGUCGGACUCCGAAGACGUCAACGAUGGGGACGAGCUGUCAGAGGACCUGGUGGAGCAGUGUAUCUAUUCCUUGGGCGACCACAGCACCUACCUGA